AUGGCGACACCUGCAACAAUUCUUCUCCCAUUUGACGUCUGGCACAACAUCGUCCUUCUAAUCGAGGAUCAGGCCGAUUUGAUCCAGCUAUGCUUGAUUAACUCCAACAUCGGUGCGAUCGCCACCAAGUGCCUAUACCGAGCUGUCAACCUCAGCAGUCUCCUAAACAUCGUGCACUUCUACCGAGCUGUGGUGAAACACCCGUUCUUGGCGUCUCAAACAGUCGCUCUCAGUCUGCGCCUAGGGAAUCAUGAUUUCCAAGGCAAGGUUUCCGAAUACGACACAUGUUCACCAGACCAGGUUUCGCAGGCGGCCCGACCAUCGGCCUAUCUUCGCUUGAUGUUUCGAUUGAUUCACGUCCUGGUUGGCCUGAAGACGCUCCACCUUGCAACGCCCCAUUCGUUCAGCCAGCCGAGGAUACCAAUUUCAUUUUCUGUCAAUCUCGGCCGCAUCAAGCGCCCCUUGUCAAGCUUCACGUUCCAUGCCCAUGGUCAGCCCUCUGUGCUGCCCAUCCUUCUCACCCAAACGAGCUUGGAAGAGUUAUGUCUCCACGGCAUGGAGAACGUCCUCGAGGAGCUGCGGAUCCUGCCUCCGAACUGCCUCCCCAGACUACGUUUCCUGGAAUCUGAUGUCUCCAUGGCAUCUGUCCUUGCAAGGGAUCGUCCCAUCCAAGCAUUCUCUAUUGUUGGGUCAUUGACUAGUGUCGAGCCUGCACGUCUGUCUUCCUGCCUGGAUCAUCUGCAAAUGUCGACAGGGCCCAUUCAAAGGAUUGAUCUUUCGCUCAAGAAGACGGAUUGUAAUAUUUUCUCCGACAUAAGCACCGCACUUCCGGACAUUGUUGCACUUUGUCUUGACAUAUGGCUUCCGCUCGUAUCGCUGAUCUGA